CGGUGUGCUUCCUCCGGCCGCCGGCGCUGCUCCUUCUCUCACAACCUCAUCCACCGCUUUCCUGACAAGCCAUGUCCGCCGCCACGCAGGCCGAAGCCGCCGCCGCCGAAAAGGUGCAGGGCAAGCUCGUGUGGGAGCCCAAGGACCCCAGCAGCACGCGCAUCGACGCCUUCCGCCGCAACGUCGCCGAGCGCCGCGGACUGCAGCUCGACGACUACCACGCCUUCUGGCGCUGGAGCGUCGAACACCCGGCCGACUUCUGGGCCGAUGUGUGGGACGAGACGGGUGUCAUCGCUAGCAAGCGCUACGAGCAGGUCCUGCCCGAGAGCGCCGCCAUGUACCCGCCGCCGCGCUGGUUCGAGGGUGCGCGCCUCAACUUUGCCGAGAACAUGCUGCGGCACCGCGGCUCGACGCCGGCCGUGUACGAGGCGACGGAGCCGGAGGGAGAUGGCGGCGUCCUGCACCUCGCCUCCUACACGCACGACGAGCUGCGGCAGGCGGUCGCCAACGCAGCACGAGCCAUGCGGCGGCGCGGCCUCAAGACGGGCGAUCGCGUGGCGCUGUAUGCGCCCAACUGCGCCGCCACGCUCAUCGCCUUCCUCGCCGCCGCGAGCAUCGGCGCUGUCUGGCUCUCCUGUGCGCCCGACUUUGGCGCCGCAGGCGUGCUGGAGCGUCUGCGCGCGCUGCAGCCGCGCUUCCUCUUCACGUGCGACGGCGUGCGCUACAAUGGCCGCAAGCAUCCACACGCUGCGAAAGUCAAGGAGGUGCUGGAUGGCCUCAAGGUCGAGGGCCAGCCGCUCGAGCUGCUCGUCGAGAUCGAGUACAUCGGCGGCCAGACGCCCAUCGAGGGCGCCAUGCGCUGGGCCGACUUCCUGGAAGAGGGCGCUGGCGACGAUCACAUUGAGUAUUCUCAGCUUGACUUUAAUCAUCCCCUGUGGGUGCUGUUCAGUAGUGGCACAACGGGCAAGCCAAAGGCGAUCACGCACCGCGCUGGCGGCAUGCUGCUGCAGCUCAGCAAGGAGCACCUCAUCCACGGCGGCCUCUCGAAGGACGACGUCUUCUUCCAGUUCACCACGCCCGCGUGGAUGAUGCACAAUUUCCUCAUCGCCACACUCGUCGCCGGCUGCGCCAUUGUGCUGUACGACGGCGCGCCGCUCAAGCCCGCCAAUGUGCUGUGGGAGCUGGCGGAUCGCUACGGCAUCACCGUGUUUGGCACGAGUGCUGGCUAUCUCUCGGCGCUGCAGCGCUCCGGCUACCGGCCAAAGGACGAGUUUCCGAACCUCAAGGUCCGCCAGAUCCUCUCCACUGGCUCGCCGCUGCGCGCAGAUCUCUACCCCUGGAUCAUCGAUGCUAUUGGGCCUGUGCUCAUCGGCUCGAUCACGGGCGGCACGGACAUCGCCAGUCUCUUUGCCGGACACAACGAGGCGCUGCCGGUGCGCGCAGGCGAGAUCCAGGCGCGCAACCUCGGCAUGAACGUGGAUGUCUUCGACGAGGAAGGAAAGCCCGUCGCGGCCGGUGCUGGCGAGGGUGAUCUGGUGUGCAAGACGCCCUUCCCGGCGCAGCCGCUCGGCUUCUGGGGCCAGCCGGAGAGCCGGCAUUUCGAGACAUACUACUCGCAGUUCCCAGGCGUCUGGUACCACGGCGACUACGUCUCGCUGACGCCGAGCCUCGGCCUGGAGAUGCGAGGGCGCAGCGACGCCAUCUUGAACCCGGGCGGCAUCCGCUUCGGCUCGUCGGAGAUCUACGAGACGCUCGAGGCGCACAAGACGUCUGCGCACCUCUGCGACAUCGACGCUGCCGUCGUGUGUGCGCUCAAGACGCGUGGCGGCGACGACGAGGUCGUCGUGCUGCUCGUGACGCUGCGGCUCGACUCGGCCUCUGCCUCGCCCGAGGGCUUCAAGGCGCUCGAGACGGCCGUCAAGAGCGCCGUGCGCAGCGCACGCAGCGCUCGCCAUGUGCCGGCCUUCAUCCGACAGGUGCAGGGCGUGCCGCUGACGCUCAACAGCAAGCUCUCCGAGAUUCCCGUCAAGAAGCUCCUCAACGGCGCCGAGCUCAGCGCCAUCAACCGCUCGACGCUGCAGAACCCAGACUGCCUCGAGGAGUACGUGCAGCUCGGCAAGGAGCUGCGCGACGCGAUGUAGAGAGAGAAAUGCGGAUCACACAUCUCAUGGACU